GAUUCAAUACCAGGUUAAUAUAAUGCUGCUAGAACCUGUGUCCAAUCAUAAUUCAGAGCGAGGCGUCGAAAGCAGGACAGACUGAGGCUCCUGCCUUCUUCCAAUGAGAGGAGCCCAGCUUCGUUUCCGUGCAGUUCGGCCCCUCCCUGCGAUGAUGUAAUGUAAUGAAUAUUGAAACAGGUUGCUCGGUGGUCGGGAGGCGCUCGAGUCAGCAUCUCUUCUGCCUCCCCAUCAUCACUACCCUUUAGCAUCCGACAAAAAGAAGAAGAAGAAGAAAAAAAUCCCCAGAAAAGGUACAAGGAUACUGGUAAAGGGGAUGGAUGUUGUUGAUGAUGAGCUGAUCCUCUGACACCAUGAUGAACCCAUCAUCUGCCGAGUCGCCGCGGCAGCCAGACAAUAGCAGCCGGAAGCAGCAGCAGCAGCGAUCGUCGUCUCCGGCUGGGCUAAAAGACGCUGCUUCUAAAACUACGCAGAAGGGCAGCAACCCAUCAAAGCCCAUCACAUCAAAACAGGGUGGAGGAGGAGGAGGGGGAGGGAGAAGUAGCCGAGGUCAUUCUCCAGUCUCCACGGGCAGGGAGCGGCAGGCCGGAAGCGCUCCUGCCACCAGAGGCGCGACUGCUGUCCAGCCUGCUGGUGCUGAAAAUCCGACGCAGAGCAGGCCCGCGGCGGCGGCAGACAGAGGAGCCGUCCAACCAGCAGAAGACGCUUCCUCGCCCUCCAGAGCUGAUCAGAACCGCGUUGUCUCCGACCAACCCUGCGCAUCCAAAUCCCCCAAACUGAGGAGCAAAAAUCCGAGGGGAGGGGAGGCAACUAGCAGCAAAAAGAGCUCGAAAGGCACAGUGGGCUGCGGACCCGGCUUCUGGAAGGAGGGAUGCUUGCAGUCCGAGCUAAUACAGUUUCACUUGAAUAAGAGUUUAGGAAAGAAAGGGACAAAGAUGCAGGCGAAAUCAGCAUCUCCGCCGGGCUCUGAGCCCGAGCUGUCCCCCGAGCGCGACAGUUCGCAGGUGGCUGCACAGCCAGACCAGAAACUACAUGAAGAGCUGGAGAGACUGGAGGAUGAAAACGAGGAUUUGAAGAAUGAAAUCGAGGAGAUGCGGGCAGAGAUGGAUGAGAUGCGGGACACCUUCUAUGAAGAAGACGCAUGCCAGCUGCAGGACAUGCGCAGAGAGCUGGAGAGAGCCAACAAGAACUGUCGGAUUCUCCAGUACAGACUAAAGAAGGCUGAGAGAAAGAGGCUCAGGAUCACAGAAAGUGGCCAAGUGGAUGGCGAGCUGCUUAGAAGUCUGGAGCAAGACCUGAAAGUGGCAAAGGAUGUGUCUGUGCGCUUGCACCAUGAGCUGGAAAAUGUGGAGGAGAAGAGGACAAAGACAGAGGAGGAGAAUGAGAAGCUUAGGCAGCAACUGAUAGAGGUGGAGGUCACCAAACAGGCCCUGCAAAAUGAAAUGGAGAAGGCCAAAGAGCUCUCACUCAAAAGAAAAGGCAGUAAGGACGGGCAGAAAGCAGACAGAAAGACUCCACAGACCCCAAUAGAGGAAGAAAAUGAAGAUCUGAAAUGCCAGCUAGCUUUCAUCAAAGAGGAAGCCAUCUUGAUGAGGAAAAAGAUGGCAAAGAUCGACAAAGAGAAGGACCGACUUGAGCAGGAGCUCCAGAAGUACCGGUCCUUUUAUGGGGAUGUGGACAGCCCUCUGCCUAAAGGUGAGGCUGGAGGGCCUCCCACCACCCGUGAAUCUGAGCUGAAGCUCCGUUUACGCCUCGUGGAGGAGGAAGCAAACAUCUUGGGGCGAAAGAUUGUGGAGCUCGAGGUGGAGAACAGGGGGCUGAAGGCUGAGCUGGAUGACAUGAGGGAGGACAGUCUGGCAGCAGCUGGAGUGGAUGGCUCUAGCAGUGGAGGUCAACAGAGCAGAGAGCAGGGUGAGGCUCUCUCAGAGCUCAGGCAGCAGCUUCAGCUGGUGGAAGACGAGGCCGAACUUCUCCGCAGGAAUCUAGCAGAUGUGGAAGAAGAGAACAAAAAGGUGACAAGUGAGCUCAAUAAACUUAAAUACAAGGCUGGGUCCCAUGAACCUGGAUCAAGACACGGAGGAGGAGGAGCUGACCCUGCUAAAGUGGAGGCUCUCCAGGAGGAGCUGAAAGCAGCGCGUCUGCAGAUCAACGAACUGAGUGGCAAAGUUAUGCAGCUCCAGUACGAGAACCGCGUGCUGCUCUCCAACAUGCAGCGCUACGACCUGGCCUCUCACCUGGGCAUCCGUGGCAGCCCUCGCGACAGCGAUGCAGAGAGUGACGGAGGGCGGGACGACGACACACCUUCAGCCUCGGCUUCCUCCCCUCGCCUCCUCCCACCACAUCGCAAACGCGAGGGCCCAAUUGGAGGAGAGAGUGACCCAGAUGAGGUGAGAAACAUCCGCUGCCUCACCCCGACGCGCUCUCUUUACUCACCUGUAGAUAGUCGUUUUUUAUCCAGAAGCCUGAAGGACCGGCAGCAGAUGAUAGACAUCCGCAUCGAGGCGGAGAGGCUGGGUCGGACCAUUGACAGGCUCAUCACUGACACCAGCACUAUCAUUUCUGAGGCCCGAGUAUAUGUCACCAAUGGGGAGCUGUUUGCUAGGUUGGAUGAGGAUGAGGAAGGUGGCAGGAUCAGAGAGCAUGAGCUGCUGUAUCGUAUCAACGCACAGAUGAAAGCCUUCAGGAAAGAGCUGCAGAGCUUCAUAGACCGCCUGGAUGUCCCCAAGCAGGACGACAAAGAGGCAGAGGAGCCACUUUCUAUGUUUCAGCCCAUCAUUUUGCUGAUCCUCAUUCUUGUUCUGUUUUCCUCACUGUCUUAUGCCACCAUUUUUAAACUGUAUGACCCACUCAUCUGUUCAGCUGCUUUCAACAUUCCCUGGAGACCACACACCUAGAAGCGACAGUGGAGUUUUAGGGAGGGGAGAACAGGAGGAUUCUGUUGGACCUGAAGACGGUUUUAGAAGACGUGCAGGUGGAGGUGAAGAGAGAAGAAGAGAAGAGAACAGAACUCCAGUUGCAGUAUA